AUGGACGCGCCCGGCCAGCGGCCCGCCAGCCCCCGAGCCGGCCCGGAGGGCGCGGCGGCGGAGCGGGACCCGAACACAAACCGGAGCCCGAACCCUGGCCCGGAGGCGCCCAUCCAGGAGGAGAGGGAGACGGCGUACGUGGAGAUCCGCGGCUCGCCGCAGGGGCCGGAGGAGAGCCGCCAGAAGCCCGAACUGGCCCCGGCCGGCGGCGCGGAGGGAGCGUCCGGUCCCGCACCGGACAGCGGAGCCGGUGGGACCGGGGAUGGCGACUCGGCGAGCGGCGGACCCCCGGCGGAGGAAGCGGGGCCAGCAUCCUUGGACCGCGGGCGGGAUCGCCCUCCUUCCCCGGCGGCGGCGGAAUGCGGCGCUGACACCGGCCCCGGCUCCGUGGAAGCGGCGGGGAGCGGCGGAACGCCGGAGGCGGGGGGCUGCCCGGAGUCCUCCUCCUCCUCCUGCCCUUCGCCCGUGACCAAGGCGGACGACUCUCCCGCAAUGGGCGACCCGGUGUCGACGGAGGGCAAAACCUCCUCGUCGUCCUUCGGCUACGAAAGCGAAGUGGAGGAUGAGGUCGCGGGGCGCAAGGCGACUCCCCCCGGCGCCCCCCCGGGCUCCCCUCCCGGCGGCGGCCGCGACGAGGCGCACUAUAUCAGCACGCAGGAGAUCCAGCUCAGCGAGGUGGACCACGACAUGGACUUCGACGCGGGGCUGGCCGCCCGCUGGGACUUCGAGGAUAACAACGUGAUCUACUCCUUCGUUGACUACGCCUCCUUCGGGAGCGACGAGACCCCGGGGGACACGCUGACGGAGGAGGAGGAGAAUAGCUGCUACCUUAGCACGACCACCAGCGACCCCAACAACCAGACGGACAGCAUCGACAACACCAGCAGCACCGAGAUCGUCAGCCUUACCUCCGAACACGACACCCCCGGCGCGGACAAGCGCGCCAGCUCGGGGGAAAGCCGGUCCAAGCAGCCCGGCCGCCCCGGCGGGAGCCCGGGCGCCCAGCUUCUCCUAUCAAUCAAAGCCGCUUCCCGGGCUAUAAAUGAGUCUAGCAACGUGCACGGAAAGCAAAACACUGUUUACGCUGCCAAGCAUGAAGGCGACAUGAGUCUCCGUGUCGCCGCGGCUCCCGACCGCAGUGCGAGUUUAAAACAGGAUGCGGUCCGCGACCACGCGAAAAAGUUCAUCGCGGUGCCCGCGCGGCUGCAGACGCGCUGCGGGGCCGCCAGGGCAGGGGAGCACUCGAGCGGCGCCUCCAGCGCCGUCAGCGAGCUGGACGAUGCCGACAAAGAGGUGCGAAACCUUACGGCCAGGGCUUUCCGCAGCCUGGCGUACCCCUAUUUCGACACCCUGCGCCCCGGCUCCCGCGCCUCCUCCGCCUCCCUGUCCGACAAUGCCCUGGGCAUCAACCGCUGGUCCACCUACCUGGACCUCAAGUGCGGCACUCUGGGGCAGAGAGCCGAGCCCAGCCUGCUGCGCUCCGGCCGCUCGCAGACCAAAGCCCUCGAGUUCGUGGUCAGCAAGCUCGACGGGGAGAUCGCCCACGUCGAAACGCCGCGGCGGCUGCGGGCGGGCUCCCGGGUGGUGACCCUGCUGGACCUCGGCGAUGCCGCCGAGGCCGGGGAGCCGCCGGCGGCGGAGGGCGGCGGGAAGGGCUCCAGCAAGAAGUCCAGGUUCGCCUCCAGCCUCCUCAAAAAUGUCAUCUCCAAGAAGAUGCAGCUGGAGCACGAGUUCAAGAUGGAGCGGGGCGAGAUCACCGACACCUCCUACACCGGGCCGGGCGCGGGCCGGGAGCCCGAACCCACCGGCGGCAGCGCCGGCCGGGAGCGGCAUCGGGAGGGUGGCGUGCAGCGGCAGAACUCCCGGCACUCGGAGGGCGGCUCGGACUGCGCCGCGGCGCCGGCGGAGGAUGCGGGCGAGGGCGGCGGGGGCCGCUCCCCGGCCUCCAAGGCGUCGACGCCCCGCGAGGGGAACCGCAGCCUGGACCGGGCGCUGUCCGAGGAGCUGUGUGAGGUGAAGCGCAGCGCCUCGGAGGCCAUCAAGGCCACCUUCCUCCGCAGCCAGAACAGCGCCUUCAGGUCCUGGAAGGAGCGGGAGGCGGAACGGAAGGAGGAGAGGGCGCCCGUCGGCAAGCUGAAACUUUCUCCCAAGAACGACUGGCGAGCCGACCUGGGUGAGAUCUCUGCCGGCAAGUCCACCAAGAUGUCCCGCCUGUUCGUCCCCGCCAUUCAGCACACCCCUCGGGAGAAGGAUCCCGGCAAGAGGGCGACCAAGUGCUCCGCCGCCACCGCCGCGUCCUCGGCCGCCGCCGCCGCCACCUCGCCCCCCGCCGCCAAGCCCAAAGCCCCCGAGAUCAAGAUCAGCCUGGGCAGCGUGCAGCAGCCCCGGGACGCCGCUUUCAGCAUCGCGCAGCUGCUGACGCCGCAGAUCGCAGGCCGGCCGCCGGAGGAGGGCAGGGGGCAGCCGCUCAAGCCUCUCAAGGCCGGCGACGGCACCGACAAAGUGCCGCAGUUCCUGGUGCGCGACGUGAGGGACAGCAAGUACAGAGCCCAGGGGAUCCUCCACCAGGUGCGGGACGUGCGGAAGCUCAUCAAAAGCUCCUACAGCGCUGAUUCGGGAGAUAACAGCAGCGACAAGGGCAGCGGCGCCUCCGAGCAAGGCGGCGCGGAGCAGAAGCCCCGGCAGCAGCUGGUCAUCGCCGGUGUGCCCCGGUCGCUCUCCCCCGUGGUCAUCACCUGCCAGGCGGUCGGCCACACCGGCACCAAGCCCACCGAGGCGGGGGCCAAGGCGGCGGGCAAGGCGUCCGCCUGCCCCCCGGAGGGCACCGUGCUGGUGCACCGCACCUCGGGCAGGCUGCCAGUGGCCACCAUCGCCCCCAACAAGAGCGAUGCUCGCCAGCCGGCUGUGCUCAAGAUCGUUUCCAAAUCCUCCGCGCCCUGGCGGCACCAGCCGCCGCAGCCGCCGCCCCCCGAGAGGGGCCGGGGACCGGAGGAGGACCCGCGGGAGGAGAGCAAGGCAGCGCCGGUGCAGAACGCGCUGGAGAAGCUGACGGCGGCGGUGCGGAGCAUGGAGGAGCUCUACAGCUUCAACAAGCGCGAGUGGAAGCGCAAGAGCGACCCUCUGCCCAUCACCGACAGCCACGUCCUCUCCCUUAUCGCCAGCCAGGAGCGGGGCGCCGGCUCCCGACCCGCCGCCACCGCUGCCGCUCCGCCCCCGCCGGCGGACAAGGCGGAGGAGCCGUCGGGCAAGGGCCCGAGCAGCGAGCGGCUGCCCCGCCGCCCCUCCAACAGCGCCGCCGACAAGGUCUCGGCCAAGGCGGCCGCCUUCGAGAGCCUGGCCCGGCAGCGGCAGCGCGGGCGGCCCGCGGGGCCGGCACCGCCGCGCUCCCCUCGGCUGCCCGCGGGCGGCGGCGGCGAUGCGGAGCGCGGCCCCGACUGCGGGAACUAUCUGUCGCUGCCGCUGAAGGCGGCCGCCGAGCCCGGCUCCCCCCGUCCGCGGGGGCCACGGAGGGCGGCGGCGUCCGCCCCAGCCCGGUGUCGGCGUCAGCGGCGGCGGCGGCGCUGUGCGGCCUGCAGCCCUUCGGCGCCGCCAAGAGCCCCGGCAGCCCCAGACCGCCGCCCGGACCCCCGCCCGCCGAGGCGCCCCGCAGCCGCCCCGCCGCCCGCCGAGGGUGCGCCCGCCGCCCUGUACCGCCCGCCGCUGCCCUUCGCCGCCCUGCCCGGCGCCGCGCCGCCGCCGCUGCUCUGCUUCUCGCCCUCCGUGCCCGCCGCGGCCACCGCGGCCGAGCCCUUCCCGCAGACGCAGCGCAAGGUGCUGCUGGACGUGAGCACCGGGCAGUACUACCUGGUGGACACGCCCGUGCAGCAGCCCCUCAAGCGGCGCCUCUUCGACCCCGAGACCGGGCAGUACGUGGAGGUGCCGGUGCCCCAGCAGCCGGCCGUGGCUCCCGUCCCGCUGCCUCUCUCGCCCCUCGCCCUCAAUGCCGGUGCCUACGGCGCCACGUACAUGCUGUACCCCGGGCUCCUGCCCGCCGCCACCGUGCUGCCCGCCGGCGCCCUGCAGCGCCCGCUGUCGCACUCGGGCAGCGACGGCAGCGCCCCCGCAGAGCCCGGCAGCCCCGCCGCGCCUGAGGCGGCUUUCGCCGAGAGCCCCUACUACGUGGCCACCGGCAAGGGCCCGCCGCCGCCGCGGCACGGGCCGGCCGAGGCGAAGCCGGUCAUCAGCAUCACAGCGCCGGCCACCGGCCCGCGGAUCGUCGCGCCGCCCUCCUUCGACGGCACCACUAUGCGCUUCGUGGUGGAGCACCGGUGAAGAGCGCGGGGAUAAGGAAGAAGAAUUAUGCUUCUUUAAUUUGAAAUACACUUGGUAACUCUUCAACAUUAAUCCUAAAAACUGCUUCUACAGUUUUCUCAAUUUUUUUGCUUCAUCAUACAAAACAAGCAUGUAAGUUUCUUGUUUUCUCCUAAAUGCCCCUCUGUUUUGGAGUAUGCCUACAUUUAAUUAUGUGAGCAGCACUAAACUACUGCAUUAGUUUGUGCAAAGUUCUUUUUGUGCUGAAGCUGAUCUGCAGGCUUUAGGCAUUGCCUCUGGUAGCUAAUGGCAGUGAUGCCACUGCAGCUGUUUGUAAAAUGCAGGGUGUAAAUGCAGCAGUGUUUCAGUGUGGAUCACCACAUAUCCUCAUUCAGGUUCCUGGAAUGUGUUGUGAUGAUCCAGUGCAGCCCUGCAGCUCUUCACAAAUGAAAUUAAGCCCUCAGCUCUCUCCUAUUGCCUUAAAUUAGGGUCUUCCUUAUAGGUUUUAGUCACAAUUUGCAAACAGAUGGUUUUUUAUACUCUCUACUUCUCACUUGGAAUUGCAAAGGAAGAGAGCUGUAGUGUUAAAUUUAUCCUUAGUGUUUAUUUUUUGCCAUGGUUCAAAACAAGCUGUGUAAAUGUCAGAAAACACAUUUGAUUGCUUUCAUUUUUUGUUUGCUCUUCUGUACUGUGUUGAAUAUCACAAGUUGCCUUAAUUAGGACAGCGUUUUAAUACUGGGAAACCAAAAAUUGAAUGUAAUAUUUUAAAAUCCUGGUUCUAAAGGAGAGAACAGCACUUAUUUUCCUUUAAGACUGCAGUCUAUUCUUCCUUAAAUUGCAACAUUGUUGAAAACAUAAUCCUAGUCACUGCCCUGUGAGAAUAAUUUUUAAAUGUUACAGCCUCAGUACUAUGCAGUUGUUUCUUUAGCUGUUUGACAGGUUUAUCUGAGGGAUACAAUUACAAUUUGCUGAGAAAAUAUUUACCUUUGGAACAAAAAAUAUACAAUAAGAUUACUGACAGUGCAGUGAUUUAUAUGUCCAACUCUGCUCAAACUGAUUGUUUUUUGUUACCAGCAACUAGUUUGUCUCAGCAAAAGAGAAUUGUUAUUAUUAUGCCAAAUCUAAAAUUCAAUAGUCUGUUCCCUGCCCAAAAUUUUGGCUAAGUGAAGAACUUUGGGAAGCAAAUAAAUGUAAGACCAAACCUAAAUUAUAUAACAUAAAUCUUUCUUGAGGUAACAGAUUAGAAUUCGAAAGUCUAAAUGCAAACCUCAAAAGUCUUUAUUUAAGCAUUUGCCCAAAGGCAGGAUUUUUCUCCACCUGUUCCCAAGGCUUCCUGCAGCUAGAAAAGUUUCAGUGUUUCCCAUUUUAAAAAUAAGCCCUGGGUUUUCAUUUUCCUGAGUAACUCACGAGGUACAGAAAACUCAGGUAGAACUGUUUUUAACCAUAUGUGUGAGAUUGUAUUUCAAUGCAAUUUAUUUGUUUACAGGCCCAAGUUGUAAUUGCCCUUAGGAUGAAAUGCACCACAAGUGUGCAGAUAGUGAGUGAUUUCUCGUGUGCCUUCUCACUCACUUUCAUCAUUGUGGAAAUCCAGUGAAUAUUCUGACCCUUUUUAAAGAGCACAUAUCAUGUAAGGCCAAUCCCUGUGCUCUUCAGCUGUACAAUCUGCAUGACAAGCUUUACCUGCCCCUGGGAUGGGGGCUGACUGCCUCUUAAAGGAGAUGAAUGCUUCUCCCCUUCUCUCAUGACUGAUAGGUUCAUAGGUGUUGUGAUUAGAGUAUCAGUGUUAGGCAGAACAGUACUUGGGACUGCAGGACAGUGCAGGUACCAGAGUGGCUGGUUCCCUGUGACAUACACAUAUGCAGAAUGUUCAGUAUAAUACUAGCAUCCCUGUUCCACAAUGGUCCUGUCCUACCUUUUCCUGUAUCGGUGCUUGGAGAGGAGUUUCCCGUUGCAGUUUACAAGAUAUAGGUUUGCACACACAACCUCAGGUUUACAGUUUCACCCAGUGUACUUGAAAGGAAAAAAAAAAGCAUAGAAAACAACUGCCCAGGAUUUCAACAUGUAUUUGUUGGAGGUAAAUUUUGCAGGGUUUUUUUUUCACUGUCUGUGGAGAUGAAAGCAAUGAAAUGAGGGAAUACCAACAGCUAUUUAUUUUCUCAGGGGAGUUUACUUCAGUGGAAUGUGUCAAUCCUAAUGUCAAAUCGUGUUUACUUGAUUUUGUCUAUUUCUAAAAAGACUUCUUGUUUGCAUCAAGGGGUCAGUUUUGCAAGGUGCUUCUCUAACCCAGCAAAGCCUUCACAUGCAUCUCCAACUUCAGAUACUUAAGCAGAUUCCUGGGGACUUCGGUGGAAGGAUUUUCUCCUUCACCCAUCUAUGCAAAGCUUUGCUGAACUCAUCCCAGAGUGCUGAAUGCCUUGCAGACCUGAGCACCAGGUUCUUCCCUUUACAGAACCCGAUCUCUGGGCUUGAGUCAAGCCGGACCCAGCAGAUAAUGCCACAAAAGCUCACCAGAAAAAAGCUCUGGUAAUAUGGUGCUCCUCCAUGUAUGCCCAGUGGUGAAUUUCUCCAGUGGAUGGGGUGAUGUGUAACCACAUAUCUUGGAUUAGAGUCAAGCCCUCCAUGUCAGGGCUCACAAGCUGCUAGUAUUAUAUGUUUCAUGGUGCAGUCAUAGUAUGUUACAGCUGAAAUUCACCCCAUGUGCAAAGCAGGGCAAAAUGCUGUGCACCACUCAAGUUCCCUCCCAGCCCUGCUGUCAGAGUUUUGAGGGCUGCACCAGCCAACUGUCCAUGCAUUUUAGGUCAGGAUCCAAUUAAAAGUUUGAGCGGGACUGGAGUGAUGCACCAGAAUAUUGUUCUGCUCCUUUGCAACAGGGUUGGUUUCACUCAGUAUCAAAUUUAACCCUUGGUGAAUCAACUGGUGAAUGAUUUGAAAUGUAUUUAUGGGUUGUGUGGGGUGUUUUUCCCCCUUGUCUGUAUUCAAUGCUACCUUUAUUCUUUAGUGUUGAUGGCCAAAGUGUCAUUCCUUAUGCUUAUAUAUUGCCAUUAACUUGUGGCUACCUGAGAACACAUACUUCAAAAAUGCUUGUGCUUUUUUUCACCUAUUUCUUUCUUUUUUAUUUCUU